AUGGACGGUAGAAAUUGUACCGGCCGCAAGAUCUCACUACUCAACGAUAGUAGUGACCCCAUUGCGGUACCCUCGCACAACUUCUGUCACCAACCGCGACCUCUUGCUGUGCACUCACAUUCGCAUACGAGCUCACGCUCGUCGAGGGAGUCCAGCUGCACUUCCACUCCCAGCUUGGCCCCGCAAACGCCACUACUGAUCCGCAGCGAGUCGCAAGAUUCGUCCCGCGGUUUCGCCACGCCAUCGCCUCUUACACCCUCGUACACCUCUUUUCCGCCGCCGAAACAACACAUCCACCACCAAUACUACAUUGCGAAUUCUCAGACAGCCAAAAUGGACGAUCCCAAUGCUUCAAUGUACCCACCAAUUCCAGAUGCGACUGGCGCAAUGCCGCAGGCCUAUCCCAUGCCGCAGAUGCCAAUUCCACAGCAACAACAGCAGCAGCAACAGCAGCAGCAAUUAGCGCCGCAGCAGGCGCUUGUUCAGCAGUUCCGCACCUCGAAUUCACCCGCUUCGGCAUCCGAGCCUUCGCGCGCCGCCGCACAGUCGGGCAGCAGCAAAGCACCAACCAAGAAGAAUCAGUACCCAUGCCCAAUGGCCAAGCAAGUCGGCUGCUCCGAUUUCUUCACCACAUCCGGUCACGCGGCGCGCCACGCGAAGAAGCAUACCGGCAAGAAGGACGCGUUUUGCCCCGAAUGCAACAAAGCGUUCACUCGCAAGGACAACAUGGAACAGCACCGUCGCACACAUCAACACGGCCGCGGCAACUCGCGAACAACCAACGACGACUCCAAGGUCAAGAAGCCUACCAAGCAGCCCACAAGGAAGACGAUGAUCAAGCCGGAGCCCCAUGUCGAGGCAGCGAUGGAGCAGCAGUUGGCUGAACAGGCCCACGUACAGCAGGAACAAAAUCAGAUUCAGCAAGCGGUCCAGGCCCAGGCACAGCAUGCGAUCAACUUGCAGCAACAAGUGGUCGACCARAUGCUCAUUCCCACCGCCGGACCUUACUUCCUGGGCACCGUUGACACUGGGCCAAUAUCGUCGCUACCGAUGCCAAUGUCUGACAUGGGUCUUGGGCGACCGCCACUCCACCGCUCAAGCUUCGCCAACUCGCUCGAAUUCGUUCCACCUACCGCUCCAAUGGUAGAUCCCGACACUCUCCACUAUUCAUAUCCAUCUCCCAAUGGCCUGACCAAUGGACUCACAAACGGCCUCGAUAGUCUCGCACUGGCUGCCAGCGAGCACCGUCGAAUGUCAGAGAAGUCCCAGUCACGGAGUCCUUCGUCCGAGGCCACCCAAAGCAGUKAGCCAUAA